CGGUUUCUGGCGGUAAGAAGAAACAAGUGUAUCAACGGAGCCGCAUUAGGCUGCAUAAAAAGAGCGCAUUUAUGAACAGCAUCUUUAUUAAAUUAAUUGUGAAAACUUAACGCUAAUCAGUACGAGCGUCAAGAUUUAACGGUAUGUUUUAAUCAAACUCAGCACAACAGCUGAUUUCUUAUUUUUGUUUCUGGUGAAUAAUACGGGGUUUUAUGAAAACGUCUAACGGUUGUAUUAGGAAUGGCAGGUAUAAUUCUGGUGCACCUGUUAUUAUGUCUCAUCAAUUCUUACCUCGGAUCUUACGCAUCUGAUCAUCAAGACGGAAGAAGAUCGUCCCAAGGCGAGAUGUUCGAGUCCUCCCCUGGCAAGAUCGCCUCCAGCGCAUCCCGGGAUAUGGUUUCAGUGCACAUGUUUAAACUUUACGAUAAGUACAACAGGGAGCGCAACAGCCCCGGCGACGGAAACACAGUCCGAAGCUUUAAAGCAACUCCGGACAUUGUGGAAGAGAGGGUGUUGUACCAGUUCAACCUAACGUCCAUCCAGGAAUCAGAGGUGGUGCUGUCUUCAACGUUCCACUUCUUCUUCAGCAAGCGCCUGAGGCAGAGGGCGUGGCCAUGCAAACGUUCCAGGGGCCCCUACUGUGGCCCCCAGCAGCUCCUGCCCCCUGUCCAGCUGCUGCUCUGGAGCGUCCUACAGGAUGGAGGCCCUGGGGUCCUGCUGACAAACUUCACGCUGGUCUUGCAGCGGAGAGGGGCAUGGCACGUUAAGGACAUCUCACAUGUCCUGAAAGAAGCCCGAAACAUUAAUGAGCGCUUCAUCAUGGCCGAGUUUGACCUCGGCGAACACUACCGAGCAUAUGGGGAGCUGGCAUCCUCCACCAACCUGCCGUACAUUCUGGUGUAUGCCAACGACCUCUCCAUUUCGGAGCCCAACAGCGUAGCCAAGACCCUCCAGAGAUAUGACCCUUUCUUGACUGUCGGAGAGCCCACUGCGCCUCCUAACUCCUUUCCUGAUGCUCGGGUCAAAAGGGACACCUACUUCCAGGACCCCAUCGACAAUAACGAGCUGCCAGAGGUCGAGUACGAGGCUCCGAUGAAACUCGACCUAUGGGAGGGAUCCUACUUGGCGUUGAAGCCAAAGCCGACCAAGAAGACCGGCAAGAGAAAGAGCCAGGAUGAGAGCAAUGGACGCAGCCAGUCACUGGUGCUCAGCUUUGACGAGAAGACCAUGAAGAAGGCCCGGCGGAGGCAGUGGGAUGAGCCCCGUAGCUGCUUCCGACGUUAUCUGAAGGUGGACUUUGCCGACAUAGGCUGGAGCGAGUGGAUCCUGUCUCCGAAAUCGUUUGAUGCGUACUACUGCUCGGGAACCUGCCAGUUCCCUAUGUCUAAGGUGGUGCGGCCUUCCAACCACGCCACCAUCCAGAGCAUCGUCAAGGCGGUGGGCAUCACCUCGGGGAUCCCGGAGCCCUGUUGCGUUCCGGAUAAGAUGAAGCCUCUGAGCGUGCUCUUCCUGGAUGAGGGCCACAACGUCGUUCUGAAGGUCUACCCCAGCAUGUCUGUGGAGACCUGUGCUUGCAGAUAGAGAGGCCUGGGAGAGACCAUUCCCAAGCCCCCUGGGGGGCAGACCUUGGGCAGAAUGGAGUUCUGCUUUCCAGUGAUUGGAAAAAUGAGGCUUUGAUUAUCAUGUGUUGUCAGUCACUGUCUGGUUUAAUCUACUCGCUUCACAGUUUUCCAGCCAGUGACUGGCAGUGCGGCGUAAUCCCACCCAAUGUAGGUUUAGAAGCUUAAUUUCUCCCAUCGUUGCUGCUUUCUGGGCCAGGUGGCUAUGAUCCAGGGCUGUCGCCCACCACCUGCCGGUUCCUGUCCCGCAUUUCACAGUCCUCUUUGGGGCAGACUGCUAACAGGUAUGUUAUCUGCAGUCAUCCACAGGCUGAUGUAUCUGCUCAUUUGGAUAUACAGAAUAGAAAGUAAAGACUAUCAUAAUAUGAUAUUUAUAAUGUAGAUGAAUUAGUGAAUAAGCAUUUGUUUAAAGCUUAAGACGUAUAUGAAUGCAAAACAGUGGAAAUCGGAGAGUUUGAGAAGGUUGCGAUUAGUAACAAUGCUGCUUGUUGUCAGGUAACAGUGCUGUAAGGUAUGACGGUUAAAUGAGGACUCUGGUCACUUCUUUCUGUGGGGUGACAGCUCAGCAGCCCUCUGAUAGCUACAGCCCUGCAUUCAGACUGUCCGUAUUGGCUCUUCAUGCCAACGAUGAGAGCACGCCACCUUCUGGUGGUGUCAAACAGCCAGCCGUAUAACAUAUUUUUUACAGGUUGCAAAUUCAGUCAUCUUGAAUAAUUUAAGUUACAUAUUCUUGUGUUUAUUCUGCACUGUACAUACUAAAUACCCUUUUUGAUGGUAUUAUUUUGUAAAAAGUUAUAUACUAUUUCACUACUAAAAUUAUUCUCAGAAUUCCCUAAUUAUUUCAGCUUUUUGAACUUAAAAAAAAAUAUUUUGUGCCACCUAAAAACGGCAUUCUGUGAAAAGCUAUUUUUCUAUGUAUUUUGAGUAUAUGUAUUUUAUUUUUUUUUCUUAAUUAGCAAACAUAUUUUAGCAGCUCUUUGUGUGUUUUAAAUUAUGAGGAAAGUAGUUAUCAGAAAUAAUGAA